AUGGCCGUGCGCAGGCCGCUCUUGCGCAUCCCCUACACUGAUGUCUUUGCACCUCCGCGCAUCAUCCCGCGCCAUGCCACCACUCUGUCGGCGGCCGUUGAGGCUCUCAGCGCCUUCAUGACGGCACCGCCCCGGCCGGGCUUGCCUUCGUCUACGGUGGUGCUGACCGGUGCCGGACUGUCGGUGGCCAGUGGCCUGGCCGACUACCGCGGCGAGAACGGCACGUAUCGGGUCAACAAGACGUACCGGCCCAUCUACUUUCACGAGUUCCUGGCAAGUCACGAGGCACGCAAACGGUACUGGACACGCAGUUUCUUGGGCUGGACGACGCUGCAUGAGGCCAAGCCCAACACGAGCCACUAUGCUCUGCGGGACCUCGGCCGCCUUGGCUAUGUACACUCGGUCAUCACGCAGAACGUGGACUCCUUCCACCAUGCCGCCCACCCCGACCUUCCGUCGACCGUCGAGCUGCACGGCUAUCUCCGGGCCACCGUCUGCACCACCUGCUACCGCGAAUACCCCCGCGAUACGUUCCAGGACGAACUGGCACGGCUCAACCCCAUAUGGGCCGAGUUCCUUGCCGACGCCAUCGCGGCAGGCGCCUUUGCGCCCGAGGACCCCACCACGGGGGCGCCAGCGCGGCGCGAGCCCGCCAGUCUCUCUGCCAUCCGCGGAGUUCGGACCAACCCCGACGGCGAUGUGGACCUGCCGAAUGCGCCAUACACAACCUUCCGCUACCCGCCCUGUGCGCACUGCCUAGCCAACCCGCCAGUCGCGGACGACGGCACCACGAUGGCCGUCGAGGUCGACGCGGAUGGAGCGUGGGCGCUGCCCCACACUAGCAGUCUGACGGACAGUGGCACCAAUGUCCGGCUUCCGGGUAUCUUGAAGCCGGCGGUCAUCAUGUUUGGCGAGAGCAUCUCGCCGUCCGCCAAGCAUGCCGCCGAGGCCGCUGUGGACGGGGCGGGCCGCCUUCUCGUGCUGGCUACCUCCCUUGCCACAUACUCGGCAUGGCGUCUGGCGAAGCGGGCCAAGGACCGCGGCAUGCCCAUUGCUGUUGUGAACAUGGGCGGCGUCCGGGGCGAAGACGCCUUCUUUGCUGACCUGGACGACAACCAGCCGGGCGCGGCCGGUGUCCGCGUUGAGGUACCCACGGAUGCUGUGUUGCCACCACUUGUGGACGAGCUGCACAGACUAGCACCGGGCGGCAUCUACCAACAAGGCAAAGGACACGGUGCCAGCCAAGUCGAUCCGGCCUUGUUCAGGGACAUGCUCUCAUAA